AUGAGCUCUCCAAGCGCUUCUGGAGCUACUAAGCGUCCUCUUGAGGACUCUUCUUCCCCAAAUAUUAAGGAUGAGCAUGAUUCCAAGCGUCCUGCCCUCGACAAGGAGGUCAAGAGUGGUGAUAGCAACGACAGUGCUCCUUCAUCCCCAAGCCCGGUUAGGGCCGAGGUCGCGGUUGUUCUACCUACUAAGGUUGAGCCCGAGGCCGGGGAAGUGAAAAAGGAUGGUGAUACUGAUGUUCCUGAUGCUCCCACUGGUGCCGAUGCGCAAAGUGCCGAUGCGCAAAGUGUCGAUACACAAAAUCAGCAGGCCGUUCCCCAGGUGGAUGAGAGCAAUUGGAUCCACAUGCGAGCGGUAAUCACUUCUGCUGAGGCAGCUACCGUAAUUGGAAAGGGUGGAGAAAACGUAACACAGAUAAGGAGGAUGGCAGAGGCAAAAUGCACUGUCUCGGACUACCAGAGAGGAGCAGGAGAAAGAAUUUUGACAGUCAGCGGUGCUGUUGAUGCUGUGGCCAAGGCAUUUGGUCUUAUCAUUCGCACAUUGAACAAUGAGCCACUUGAGGAGGCCUCGUCCCCUCAGUCGAAGACUUACCCCCUUCGUCUGCUUGUCCCCCAUAUUCUUAUUGGCUCAAUCAUUGGGAAAUCAGGUUCUCGAAUUCGCGAGAUUCAGGAAGCUUCUGGUGCGCGUCUUAACGCGUCUGGCUCUUGCCUUCCUCUCUCUACGGAGCGUUCCCUCGUCGUUCUAGGUGUUGCCGAUGCCGUUCACAUUGCCACAUACUACAUUGCCAACACCCUCGUUGAGCAAUUGACUGAGAGGUUUGGGGGUCCCGCUGCGUCAGCUUACGCGACCCGCUCUGGUGGCCCCGCUGGACCAAUUCCCGGAGGAAUGCAGGUUGUCCCUUACCAACCUCAACCUCUCCACGGCUCGUAUGGCAAUCCAGACACCUACAAGCGUCAUAAUAACAGCGCGCAGCGAACUCCCACCAACCCGUACGGCAUCCCCUACCUCCACGGGCCUGCGCCUGCUCCCGUUCCACAAGCGCCUCUCCACUAUGCCGAUCCCCAAACUUCCAAUGGGUAUUCUGGCGCUGGUCCACACCAACCCGGCCAGCCUGCUCCUACGCCUCAGCAACCGGCAUCUAACCCAAUGGCUGCUAUGCUACCAGGUCAGCCGCUUACUCAGCAAAUCUUCAUUCCCAACGACAUGGUUGGUGCUAUCAUCGGAAAGGGUGGUGCCAAGAUCAAUGAAAUCCGACAGUUGUCGGGUAGUGUCAUUAAGAUCAAUGAACCACAGGAUAACAGCAACGAGAGAUUAGUUACAAUCACCGGCACCCAGGAGUGCAACCAGAUGGCUCUGUACAUGUUGUACUCGAGACUCGAGAGCGAGAAGCACAGGAUCUAG